AUGGCCCAUCCAUUGCGUCCCCUCCGACUCCUCCGCACGACACCCUCCGUCGCGCCCGUCCCCCAUCGCACCGUCCUCUCAGUCUCUGGUUCAGACGCGACAACCUUUCUCGACGGCCUCCUCGCAACCUCCCUCAAAGGCAAGCAGUCCUACAGCGCAUUUCUGCACGCUCAGGGUCGUGUCAUCUACGACGUAUUCUUAUACACCCCUCCGUCCCAGUCCUCCCCUACAUACCUCAUCGAACACGACGCGUCCCCUUCCGAAUCACAACCAUUACUCGACAUCCUCAAACGCUACGUCUUGCGUUCAAAAGUCCGCAUCCGGGACGUCUCCCAGGAGUGGGACAUUUGGGCUGCAUGGGGUCAUGACCAUGGGGCGGACGAACAACGUGAAUGGGCCUGGGCGAGGAGCGGCGCCGUAGAGCCCAUCUGGUCGAAGACGACGACUUGGCCGUGGGGCACCGAACCCGGCGUGAUAAUCGAUCGAAGAGCACCCGGCAUGGGCAGACGCAUGAUCGUGCCCAAGGGUGAAAAGCCGCGCGAAACAUCAACGCACGACACCCUCGGAAGCGAUGCAUACCUCCUACACAGAAUACUGCAUGGUGUGCCGGAAGGUAACAUCGACAUUCCGCCUUUGCACGCCUUUCCGAUCGAGUCUAACCUUGACAUGAUGGGUGGUGUGGACUUCCGUAAGGGAUGCUACGUUGGACAAGAACUAACGGUGCGGACAUACCAUACAGGCGUCGUCCGUAAACGCAUCCUCCCCACUAUCCUCUCUCAAUCCUCGCAGUCUGCCUCGAUUCGCGUUCCCCGGUUGCGCGGCACAUCUACUCUCCUUUCUUCCAUUUUGAUACCUUCGCUGGGACCGGGUACAGCUGUUGGCCUUGCCCUCCUUCGUCUGGAUCACCUUCGUCCAAGUAUAGAACUGCAUACUGACCACCCAGGGACAGCGCCAGAAGAAAAUGGACAACGGUGGAAAGUGGAGCCCUGGCGGCCUGACUGGUGGCCUGAACAACCGCCAGAGGAACAGGUGGAUGAGUAG